AUGAAUCUUGGAAACUAUUAUAAAUUAAGGUGCUGUGGCCGAUCACCUAGAAACACUCCAUAUUAUACAUCAGAACAAAUUUGUUGUCCAGGAUGGGAACAUAACGGUGAUAAGAACUGCAAUAUUCCAAUCUGUAUCCCACCUUGUCAAAACGGAGGAACAUGUGUGAAUCCUAAUGAAUGCGAAUGUGCUGCUGGUUUUGAAGGAGACUUUUGUGAUGGAACUGCAUCCUGUUCCCAUCUGGAUCCCUGUUACCCUGGAAGAUGUGUUGGUUCCAGUACUGCAAACAUGACUGAUACGACUAUUCCCACUGUCAUUACGACCACUGAUAGCUCUUUGAAUGGUACUAACAGAACAGAACCAGAUAAUUGUCACUGUUCUGAUGGGUUUGGUGGAGAAACAUGCUUGUUAUUUUCAGCAAACUUCACACCCAUGAUCGAACAGAGUAAUGCAACAUUUACAAGUAGAAAGGCAACUACACAAAAGCUUAUUUUUGAAUAUAAAAUUGACGCUACUGACAAGACAGAAAUUGAUAUCACGUGGACAAAUAGUCCUCAAUUUAAUCUUCUACAAUGUAAUAUAAUAGCUACAUUUGAUGCUGAUGAAUUAUUUGGAUAUAUGCCAAACAUCCCAGAUUAUAUCAGAAAUACUAGUUAUGGGAUAGUCAAUGCUCAUUUUGAGAUCAAGCACACAAAAAUUUACCUAAAUGGUAGUACGUAUGUAGCAAACAGUAAUAAUUUAACAUGUAUAGAACCAACUAAUGACAAUCCUGUGGAAGAUUUGAAGUGUUUUAAAGAAACGAAAAACGACUUUUCAUUGUCAUCUGGCGACGUGUAUUCCUUAAGGUUCAUUGUAAUAUCUGGAGGCUAUAGAGUCCUGAUAAACACAGACUAUGGUAACGUGACAGAUACUCAAUAUUACAUUGGUCCAAUGUCGCAAAAUGUCAUCGAGUUUCGUUUCGAUUAUGAUGUACCAAUUCAUUGUUCCCAAAAUAAAACAACUGGUGAUACAGCAUGCAAUGUUGAUUUAGCAAUGACAUUAAACAAAGAUAUAACUCAGGAAACAAUAACAGGAACUUGGAGUGGAUGGAUAGACACCCUAUCUGGUGUUCUAAGAUAUGUUUUUGAAGUGUGGAAACUGGAAUUCAGUAUUGACGAAAAUGGACUUUUAGAACCGAAAAUAAAAUCUGAAUAUAAUCCAAAGCCAUUGUAUAUAAUUGAAAUAAUGGCCGACAACAUAUCAGUUCCAAUGUACGAGCCUAGUGUUCCCGGUGUAUAUUCAGUCAUUCUCGAAAUCAAUGACAGGGCUAAUAACUCUGAAUACGUGAGACGUAUAGCUAUAUAUGACAAAACUUCGAAGAUAGAUACAAGUUCAACAGAACAUAUGUUUGUGUCAUCAGCUCUAACUGCUACCGAUUACAUAUGGCAGAUAUUAUAUUCCAAAGAUAAUAUUACGCAGAUAAAUGUUAACUGGACAGGCCAUUUUUUCAAUGAAAUACACGAGAAGGGAAAUUUCCUAGCGAAAGUUCUUAAGUAUGAAGCAAGACUAAGCGAUCCAGAAAACCCACAUCGCCAUGAAUACAAAAGAAUCCUUCCUGAAUUUGAUGACAAUGAGGGAGCUAGAACAAAGUCUGCAAUACCGAACGUCCAUGCUAUUGUCAAAUUUGAAAUAAUACAAGAAAAAAUUACAAGACAAAAAUCCGAACCCUCGGAAUCAAACUGGAGAAUUGUUAGUCCUCUGCAAGAACAUGAUACGAUUGACAUAGCACCUCAUACAAUAGAUGAUGGAUACGCCGUGCAGGUCUGGGUGAAAGCUUAUGAUAUCAUGAAUCAUACAAAGGUAGACACUACUGUUGUUCGCUUUGAUCAAUCACCACCAGAUCUCUAUCAGCCUGAUAUCACGUUUAACAUAGAAAUGUUAACCUCAAGAUUAACCAUCACAUCAAAGGAUGCCCAUAGUGGACUUAAAUCAUUGUCAAUGAAGUUCGUUCUGAACAGUACUGGAGAAGUUAAGACACCAAUAGAAGAUAUACUUGUUCCAUUGCAGACACAGAGUGAAUGUCCGGCGAAUGUCGAUCCUGAUUGUUACUGUAUACAAGAUGACUGUUUUAACCAGAAGUUUGAAAUAUAUUUUGACAACUGUAAAUUGACUGUUCCUGUAGAAACUAUUGAUUUUGAAACAUACUCGCUACAUAUAACUGCUGUUAACCGUGCCCUGAUAACAACUUCUAUUGUUAAAGAGAUGGGAAGCGUGACUCAGUUUACUGGGAUACAACAAUAUUCGAGUCCAUUUAACAUUUCCAUUGUCAAAACGACUGACAGGACUAUAACAAUACAAUGGAAGCUAUUACCCACCUGCUACGACAGAGUUCGAAAUGUUGUUGUGGUCAAAUCCGAUAAUACAACCAAGGAGUAUAAGGUUGACAAGGAUGACACAGAGUUCACUAUACCAGAUCUUCAACCAUCAGCUAGGCAUGACAUAAAAAUGUACUCGGACUAUGGGAAUGUGUCUUCCUAUAUACAAAGCUUGGCAACACCACUAGCAUCUGCUGCCUUUACAGCUGAUAAACCCUUUGAAUUCCCUCAGUACGGUUUCUACGCCAUUGGAGGGGGAUUUGUUUUUAUUUUGGUUGUUGUUGUCUUGGUGUUGGUUGCUUUAGGCAGAAUGGGAAAAUUGAAUAAAGUUAAAAGACGUAUGACCAAACGUAUGAGUCAACUUAGGAAUACAUGGUAUGAUCUCAGGCGAAUGGAUCACACACCACCAAAAAGCAGAAAUAAUCGUGCCAUCUCCACUGUCUUUGAUAGAGAUGUUCGUUUCCAUGGUGAUGUGCAGUUUGAAGGGGAACAGCAUUGGUACAUCAGACGUAACAAGUUGUCUUUAGAGGAAGAAAUUGCAAGAGGGAAAUUUGCAAUCAUAUUCAGAGCUAAACUAUAUACCAAUAAAAACUUGGAGGAAUCUGUUGUGGCUAAAACUGUUCAUGAGGACUGCACUGAUUUACAAAGAACAGAGAUGAAAGCUAAAAUCAAUUUCUAUGCAACCAAGGUUGGACAUCAUGUCAAUGUGCUGGAGUUUAAGGGGUCUUGUGAGGAUGACGCACGUGGUGAUAUUAUGGUUUUGGAGUAUUGUGACAAUGGGACAUUAAAACAAUACCUUGAUUCUGUAAGAGAAUGUUUUACUGCGGAGAUUUCAGAUAAAUUAGCAAGAUUAGCAUAUGGUAUAUGCUUAGGAAUGGAUUACUUGGCUUCUAAAGAGAUUGUUCAUCGAAAACUUGCAGCAAGAAAUAUUUUACUGAAUAAACUGUUUGAACCUAAAAUUGCUGGAUUUGGUCCAAGUCAGGAAGAAAUAGGACAAAAUGUAAAUAAUAUACACGAAAACAUACCAGUAAAAUGGGUUGCACCUGAAUGUGUCACCUCCAGUGACAAAGCCACGGAGUUGAGUGAUGCCUGGUCGUAUGGGGUUGUGUUAUGGGAGAUCUUCUCGUUAGGUGAAACUCCUUACCCGUCAAUGAUGAGUAGUGAAGUAUUCCAGUACUUAAAAGCAGGAAACAGAAUGAACCGACCAGAGUAUUGUGAAGUUAUAUUUCACAACAUAAUGAAGAAAUGUUGGAAGUAUGAUCCAAACCAAAGGUCUGGCUUCUCCCGAAUCAAGGAACAACUGCGACCUCUAUUUCACGAAGGAGAAGGAGAUGACAUUUACAUGACAUCAUAAGAAUGAUAUAUCAAAUCAGACAAGCUCAUUGAAGGAAUGACUGAAAUAUUUUGUCUGUCUAUAUGAAAUAACAUUAAAAAUUUGGUGCACACUGAAUAAUGCGCGUAGCGGGUUAUUUAACAGUGUGCACCACAUUUUUUUGUUAUUUCGAAUAGAAUCAUUUCUUAUAAUUUAAUUCUAAAUACCAUUUUAAACCGUAGAAAACCAUGACAAAACGUUGAUGACGUCACGGUCACAUGACUAAAUUAUGUCUAUGGGCUCAUAACAAAAUAACGUCAGCCAAUCAAAAGACGCGUUACAUCCAAAAUUAAAUGAUUUCAGAAUACUUGAAUAAAAUUUGCAGUGAAAAGAUGAUUAUGUUCCCCUUUCGUGAAUGAAAUCGAUAUAAUCAAACAUUUAUAAUAUUAUAAUUGUUAAAUUUUAUUUAGCAAACCUGUAUAUAUGUAUAGUGUUUGUUCUAUUAUGUACUGUUUUAAUAAUUUUUUAACAAGGGGGGCCUUGACUGACUGAAAUAAGUAAAAAUAAUGUCCCUCGAUGUGGUAAAACUGACUGAGUUUGCAUUCUAUGCAUUGGCCAAUACCUACGCAUUGUCGUGAUUUAAUCAUAGCUUCUGGUUUAUAUUACAAUAUACGAAUUAGAAAUUGUACUGAAGCUCUCGGAGAAUUUCUCUUCUAAAAUGAUUGGCUUUGAGUUAUCCGGACGAAGAUAAUUCCAUAAACGUGUUCCAGCCGAACGAAAUGUGAAUGUGAUUCACGUUGGUAAACAGAUCCUGCUCCAAAUAUGGCACUAGGCAUGAGGCCCAGGCUUCGUGUUGAAGGCCGUACAUUGACUUUUAAUGAUUUACUUUUAUAAAUUCUUACUUGGAUGGAGAGUUGUCUCAUUGGCACUCAUACCACAUCUUCCUAUAUCUAAGUACAAAUCUUGUUAUAUGUUUAAUUUGUUAUUGUCAUAUUCAAGAAGUGGACGAGAUGAAGCAAUGAAUAGGGUUGUUAAAUUUGAUAGAUGCUUUUUGUGCUUCUUUGUUAAAUAUUUGUUUGUUUUGAGAUUGUGAAAAAGUGAUGACUGCUAUACCCAUAUUUUGACAAUUUUACCUUUUAUGUCUGUUUUGUUCACGCAUCGUUGUAAAUAUGAUGGAAUUUGCUGCGACUGUCAUACAAGCGAGAGGUAUAGCGUCGCUAUAAAACUAGGUUCAAUCCACCAUUUUCUACAUUUGAAAAUGCCUGUACCAAGUCAGGAAUAUGACAGUUGCUGUCGUCCAUUCGUUUGACACAAGACACAUAUACAGCAGUCUUGGGUAAUGAAAAAACAAAUAUACUCGAUAUACAAAAACCGUGAUGAGAUUGUUAAAGAUAGCAGUUAAGAGGCUGUCCAAGUAAAUAUCAGGCAAAUCCUAUGAUAUGCGUGGCACAACAUAAUUUUUUCUCCACUGAAUUUUUGGUUCCAAUGCAAUGUUUAUAUCAUACAAAGGAUAUAUAUGUCAAAGAUAUUUUUGAAUCAACAGUGGAUGGCUCAGAAAAUGAUUUUAAAGUUCACUAACACUGCAACAAAAUUUUGUACAAAAUGAAAACUUAACAUAUAUGAUACACUGCGAUUGUUUUGUGUUGUUCUAUUAUCACCACAACAAUUAGUGAUAAAUCUACUAAAUAUUUUAUUAAAUGUAAAUAUCGUUGUCAUUUUAAAAAUGAUUGUGAUGUGUCCAAUAGUUCUUUUUUAUAUAUUGUUUAGCCAUAGUUGAUUCAGUGUUGGUAUUUCAACACAAUGUAUUCAACGUUGAGACAAUGUACCAAUCUCAACGUUGCAUUGUCAAUGUUGAAUCAAUGUUGAAUAUUUGUUGAUCAAUGUAUAACCUAAAAUCAACAAAGAUUCAACGUUGAUUCAACAAAGUGUGCCUGCAGGGGGGUCUUGAAUUAUUUACAUUUGUAAAAGACAUUUUACCCUGUCACUUAUUAAUCAACAUCUCCUCAGACCGGAACAUUACAAGAGUUUGUCUUUCAAACUGUUCAUUUCGCUAUAUGUACAUAUUUAUAUUGUAGCAGCAUCUAACAAUGUAUGCUGCGAACUUUUGAUUAUAUAUUUUUUACUUUAUCAACACCUUUCAUAUUAUUUUCGACAAUUUUACUUUUUUUUAAAUGCGAGAUGUUAUUCCGCUCACUUUAACAUGUCUGCUUGUUUCGGGUCAGAGUAAACCAGAUUUUUUAGCAACAGAAAUAAUUAUUUGAUUAUAUGGAUGUUAGCUAUGUAAACCGAAUAGCCGGUAAAAGUCGGUAAAUUGUUUUAUGCAGGAUUUUUUUCUGAUUUUUUUUUUAUAAUUAACAGUAUACUCAUACUAAAGUGAUCUGAAAUAGAGCUGUUUAAUUGUUUUAAGAUUUAACCCCUUUUGUUUUUAUAUUUCAUUGGAAUAACACAAUCUUGUUAUACAUCAUGGUAUAAUCAAAUCAAACCUUUUCUCAAUACAUGUGUGAAGUCCUUUAAAACAAGUAUUAGAACAAAAGAUUAUGAAUAUAAUUUAUGUUACAUCAUUAUGGCAUCAUGGUACAUGUAUAAUAAACUGUAGAUAUAAGAAGAUAUUGAUACCAGGACUUAAUUUAGUAUAUACGCCAGACCACAGGCACUUGUCUCAAAAAAAUAUUUCCUAUAUACCUUAGUUAUA